AUGGCAGAGUACAACGGCGGCAGCGCCAAAGCAGACCACCUCUGCGUUCUCGUCCACGGUCUUUGGGGCCAGCCUGAACACCUGGGGUCCGUGGCCGCCGCCUUGCGUGACGGCUACUCCGAAGACCAGCUGCACAUUCUUGUCGCCGGCAGCAACAGCGGCUACUACACCUAUGACGGCAUCGACACCGGCGGUGAGCGCGUGUGUCUCGAGAUCGAAGAUGCCCUCGAGGCGGCGGCCGGCAAGGGCGCCAAGAUCACGAAGCUGAGCGUCGUAGGCUACUCAAUGGGCGGCCUCGUCGCACGCUACGCCGUGGGCCUGCUGCACGCCAAGGGCAUCAUGGACAAGCUCGAAUGCAAAAACUUUGCCGCCUUUGCGAGUCCCUUUUUGGGCGUCCGGUCCCCGACCCGCGGCGCCUUCAGCACCGUCUUCAACGCCAUUGGCUCCCGCACCAUCAGCGUGUCCGGCCGCCAGCUGUUUGGCAUCGACUCCUUCCGCGACACCGGCCGCCCGCUGCUGACCAUCCUGGCCGACCCCGAGUCCAUUUUCAUGGCCGGCCUGCGCCGCUUCGGCCGCCACACGCUGUACGCCAACAUCGUAAACGACCACAGCGCCGUCUACUACACCACAGCCCUCUCCAAGACGGACCCCUUUGCCGAGGUCGCCGCCGCGGGCGGCGACAUCGAGGACUUGCCGCUCCACUUCGUGCCCGGCUACGACCAGACCAUCAUGGCCGACAAGGAGCCAAUUGCCCUCGACCGGCUGGCGGCUGCCAUGAAGCGGGUGCGCGAGCGCACGGCCAGCGGCGGGGCCGCCAAGGCCAAGGCCGAGGCGAAGACGAAACAGGGCAUCAUGCCCGCUGGCAAGGCAGUGCGGCGCUUCCUGGCGAAGCCGUGGAACCGCGAGCGGCGGCUGCAGCUGUUUGAGGCCGCGCCCAUGGUGGCCAUUUCGCUGCUGCUGCCCCUGGGCCUGACGCUGUUCCUCUUGAACGCGGUCUACCAGCACGUCCAGAGCAGCAAGCGUCUCAAGCGGCACGAGGGCGGCUUGGCCGGCAUCGACAGCAAGAGCUACCGCCUGCUGCCGCUGUGGAUGAAGGGUCUGCGGGACACCGUCGAGGACGCCUACGAGGACAUUAACACGGCCCAGGACCCCGAGUUUGCCUCGCCCGACGACUCCGACUCGGACCUCGAGUCCAUCGCCCAAGGCGUCCAGCAGCCGCAGGUGCCGCUGUUCAAGGACGGCAAGGGCAGCAAGAUCACUACGACCGCCCCGGCCGACGGCUCGCUCCUUGCCCUAUCGCCCGAGCAGUUCACCAUGAUCGACAACCUCGACAGCCUGGGCUGGAACAAGUACCGCGUCUGGAUCCGCAAGAUCCGCCACAGCCACGCCGCCAUCAUUGUGCGCCACGAGUCGCCGCGCUUCGAGGAGGGCAAGACUGUCUUGCGGCACUUUGUCAAUGAGGAGUUUGCCAUUUAG